AUGCCCCCAAGGAAGAAGCCCCAGCUGCCCCCCAAACCUGCACACCUAACCCAGAGCCACCAUCCUCAGAAGCUGCCCAAGCCCUCAGCUCUAUCUCCCGGCUUCUCCUCAGAGGUAGGACAAGGAGAACACAAACGAGGUGAGACAGAUGCAGCCAUCCCUCGGCCAGUCAAGCUUCCCUCCACUGUAUGCCAGGACCACAUACCUCUAACCAGAUGCCCCAGUGGACAAAGCCGACCCUGCCCCCAACAUGGCCUCAGCACCAUAGCCCCCAUGCCCACUAAGAGUCAGGCUGCAGGCAGCAAUGCCCAGAGCUCUAAGCCCCCCAAACUCAGUGCUCUCAACAGCGGCCCCACCUCAUCGUAUCAGGGGCCCAUGCCCCAAGGACAGCAGCCCAUGGAAGGUUUCCAGCAGGGGGAUCCUGAGAACCCUAAGAUUCUGCAGGGAAGUCAGCAAGAGCUCCAGGGCCUCUUGAGCCAAGUACAAGCCCUGGAGAAGGAAGCUGCCAGCAGUGUGGAUGUGCGAGCCCUGAGGAAGCUCUUUGAGGCUGUGCCCCAACUGGAAGAGGCUGUCCCUCAGGCUCCUGCUAUUCCCCAAAAGCCCGAGGCCUCGGUGCAACUGGCCUUUGGGGAGCUGACACGGAGGCAGUACACAAGGCCCUCAGCUCCAUGUCUAGCCUCCAGUCUGAGGCCAGUGCCAGAGGCCAUUCUCAGGGACCCUCAAAGGAUCACAGUGUCCCCAAGGUCAGUGUUACAGUCAGCAGGUGCCAGACCCAGUUGCUCAGGUCAAGAAGUCGGAGGUCAAACUGCCAUCAAGAGCCAAGCCAAGGUUGGGUGCCACACUGCAGCCCAGAGUCAAGACACCGUCAGAAAUCACACAGAGGCCAGAGGUCAAGCAGACUCAACUGCCCCUCCCAUCAGAAGACUGGAGUCAUCAAGACAGGAUCUGGGCCUCCCUCGAGUCUUGCCUUCCAGCAGAGAUUCACCCUCCUCCCCAACAUUCAUCUCCAUCCAGUCGGCCACAAGGAAGCUUCCGGAAGCUUCCAGCCCAAAGGGCAACCCUGACGUCUCAGUGAAAAGCACACACCUGGCUCAGGACAUGGGUCAGGCCCCAGUCCAUCAGAAAGGUAUCCAGGACAAGGCUAGGAAGGAGGCCACCCAGUGCUCUGAGGAGCCCAACCCUGCCUCCGCCUCCGCCAGGCCUCCAUCCACAGGGCGGCAAAAGAGUGUUCUGGAGCUGCAGACAGGGCCAAGUGGCCCCCAGCGCUAUGGAGCCACAAGAACUGUGACUGAGCAGUACGAGGAGGUGGACCAGUUUGGGAACACGGUCCUCAUGUCCUCCACCACGGUCACCGAGCAGGCAGAGCCGCCCAGGGGCCCAGGCCCCCACCUCGGGCUCCAUGCCUCCCCAUUGCUGAGGCCAUUCCUGCACAGCCCAGCCGGCUUCACCAGUGGCCUGGCAGAAGCUGAGGUGCCCUGUGGCUACUCCCAGCCAGCUGCCCAGUGA